AUGCUGUUAAAUCCCAUAAACCGCAUACAACCGACGUUGAUUUCCCGCGUGUUUAUUGCCUUGAAACACACGAUUGAUUAUUCUAAGGUGCCUAAGAUAAAUGAGAAUGAGCUAUCUGAACAAUUUGUUAGAGGCGGUGGGCCUGGUGGGCAGGCAGUUAACAAAAAUGCUAAUUGUGUAGUUCUGACACAUAUUCCUACAGGUACAGUAAUAAAAUGCCACACAAGUAGGUGCCAAGAUGAAAAUAGAAAGAAAGCUCGUGAACUAUUGAUUGCCAAAUUAGAUGAGGAAUUAAAUGGCGAAAAUAGUGUAGCAGCACAGAAAAAACGACUAGAAAGUAAUAAAUACAGAAAAACUGAAUCUAAGAAGAAAAAAAUGGCCCAGUUGAAAAGUGAAUGGAAGAAAAGGGAGGGUCUGGCUUAGUCACAAAUGUUUAAAGUGUUAAACAUUUUAUUCUUAUUAUAGCAUAGUGUAGUAAGUCAUAAUUUAGAAUAAAUAAUCAUAAUUGAA